UAUUUUUAAAACAUAUAAACUUAUAAAUAUAAAAAUAUAUAUCUAUUGAAAGACAUUACAAGUUGUGCUCUUUUUAUUUCUACUAGACACUCUACAAACGCCCGCUUUGCGCGCUUUUUAUUUUUUAUUUUUUAAAAGUAAAUUACAACAAUAAUUGUACAGAUAAUAAUCUAUAAUACAAGUUUGACAGCUAUCAAAACUCAAUCGUAAUGACAGCUACUCUCGCAACAUGAAGUAAGCGCAGCGAGAGAACCAAUCAACAUCGCGGAAAAGAGACAACAAUUACUUCGAGAUUUACGACUAUCGAUAUAAUCGAUGCACGUUUUAGAAAAGGAAAGGAACUAGAACAUGGCACGCUUCGCUCGCACCAAAUGUUAUUUUCACAGUGAUAGCUUGAUGUAUGUUCGGCAUUCUUUUUUUUCUUUUAUAAGCGAAUUAAAAUUUGCAUGGACAUUCAGAAGAAAUCUUCCCUCCCACGGGUACGACCUUGUCGUGGUGGGAGGGCUCAGUGCCCCACAGGCAUUCAAGCCCUCGGGCUUGAAUGCCUGUGGGGGAAGCUAACAGUACCCAUUGCACUUAUUAGGUUUGUUUUCUAUUCCUGCACUACUGCACUAAUGCAAUAAGUAAGAAUAAGAAAAAAUAUAUUUGUCUUAUUCUAGCUUAUUGCAUCAGUGCAGCAGUGCAGGAAUAAAAAACAAAUCUAUUACGUCGUCGAUCGUAAAAUUGUGAUUCGUCGCGCCGCGUUAACGCGGUUCGGGAGUGCCGACCGAUUGAAUUGAAAACGAACCGUAUCCGGUUCGUCGUGUUUGCUUCGGUAGUGCCGUUCAAGUAAAUGGAGUUUUAAUUAGUCCUCGCGCGAUUGUGACUUUAAUAAUCGCGAGUGUUUUUCGCGAGUGUCUCGUGACAAGAAAGGACAGCCUGUUCUGAGAGGAGGAGGAGGAGGUCCAAAAAGGGCAUCGGGCAUCAGCGGAGCAACCUUGGGUAUCAUCGCAGCUUCGUGGCCGAAUAACUCCGCUCGUUGCGCAUCGGAUCGGUGAGUGACGAUUUUUAUAUUUUGGAACAACAAAUCUAUGAAAUUUAUAUUAAAUAUCUCUUUAUGUAUUAUGUAUUAUAAAUAGUGCAGAUAAAUGCGACAAUUCAUAGAUUUCUUGUUCCAAAUGUUUUUUGUUUGCAUUUUUUAUUAAAACGUGUAUAAGUGUAUACACGUUUUAAUAAUGUACUUGUUUUACAAGUGUACUUGUUUGAUUUAUUAUUUAAAUUAUCUGGCUGUCAUGCAGCUAGAAUGGAUUUGGCCAGGAUCAACAAAAGGUGAGUCCAAUCUGGCCGGAAGAAAGAAAAAGAAAUAUUAAAAGUUGGGUGUCAAUGUUAACGUAGGUAGGUAGGAAUACUGGUAGGUAGGGAUACGACUAAGUAGGGAUACGGGUAGGUAGGGAUACGGGUAGGUAGGAAUAGGUAAACGAAUAAAUGGAAAUACGGAUUGGUAGAAAAAUAAAUCUAGGGUUGUAGGGCUCGCAAAUGUGAUAUUUACCGCCUGUUUUAGACUUUUCUCAUUCGACACGUUAUAGGAAAGAGGAGGUUUUAGUAGGUAGGCGACGGUGAGGCUUUUCGUCCGACGUGCCUUCCGUUGAAUCCCACACUCUCCUGGUCUUUCGGGGAGUCUUUGGAAGAUUUCCUCCUCUAUAAUAAAAAAAAAAGGCAUAUACACACUUAAAAAGUAUGUACAACCAGGCGGAGACAAGGAGACAUAAUUCGAUAGUUCAAAUUAUUAGACAGAAUAUUAUCAAUAUACUGCAAAUUUAAUAAUAAUAAAGAUAAUUACAUUUUUUAUGUAUAAUUUUUUAAAUCUGUAUUAUAAUAUAUAAACGUAAUAAUAAUUGUACAAACGAAAAGCGCGUUAAUUGAUUUAAAGAUGCGAAUACGAUAGGGAGAAAUACUAUUGGAAUUUGCCUAUAUAUAGGUAUAUAUAGGAAAAUUCGAUUUUAAUAUAUUUUAGGAUUUGUUUGUAUUUGUGUUGUACCAUUCGGGUAGCGGGUAGGAACUCCUUAUGGACAGUCCUAUCAGGGGAAAUGAAUCAACCCCUGCCCACCGCAGAUUCCAGGCGCUCCCUGGUCCGGGGAGCUAGCACCUGCCAAGGAUCCCUGCCCAGGGUAACGGGUGAAGAUUGCAAGGGUUAAAGAAGAAACAAGAGAGAGGAGAGACAUCAAAGUGGCAAAUUAGACGAAGGUCCCAACUCAGUCCUUAGAAGAACGUGUAAAAUUAUCAAGGCUACGUAGUUCCACAUCCACGUUUUGCGCUGAUACUACAUCGACGAUUCGGUCCCACGAAGAAGGUAAAUUAUCUCGAUUAAGUAAUACCGCUCAUCCCCCUCAUCCCCCCGUUCCUAUCUAAAAUAAAAUUUUGCUACUAAUUAAGAAUGUUUUUCUUAAAUUACUUUAAAUUCUUUAUUCCUGUAAAUUUAUUUUAUUACAUUUAAUAUUUGUAAUUUUGCAUUUAUUGACAUUACUAGCAAAUCUUAGAUAAUUUAAUGUCUUAUUAUAAAAUUCGUCUAGUGGAGAUAUAUUUAGUAACAUCAAUGUUUUGGCAUUGCCUCCUAGAAAAGGCAUGAGUAAAUGUGUCAAUUUAGAAUUUCUGUAAGGAACAUGUUCCUGUUUCUUCAAAAGCGCUAAAAUGACAUUGCCAAGAUUUGCUUACUUGUUGAUAUUUUUUGUUUCUGCCAUUCUGACAGUUUCUUCAAGUCGUCCAAUUAUCUAAAUGUUCAGAUCCGGCUAAGUCAACGAAAUUCAAAUUUCUUGUUAAUACUACUUGUUUUGUAGUGUCUGUACCAGUAAUUUUUAUUUUUCCUAAGAAAUGGGAUUUAGAUGAUCUAAAAUGUAAAAUAUUAUAUAUUAUAAUGUAUAUUAUACAACAUUCUAAGUUAAAUUCUAAGUUAACUUAUUUCAUUUCAAAAUUGAGUUUAUGUUUCGUACAUAAUUGAAUAAUAAAGCACGUGGAGUAGCAGCACUUUUAGCGGCAAAGUUGAUCGAGACCGUUUCACACCAUCCUAAUUGCAUUGCGUUCGCACAACUAUCGUUACCAGAACGAAGUCAGACGCGGGACGGCGAGAAAUAAAAAAAAGGUUUUCCGGAAGAAAGAAUGAGACGCAAAAUAAAAAAAAGAAUAAAAUAAAUUGUAAAUAGGAUAAGUAUUAAUCAGAUAGUUAAAGAUACAAAUAUUUUGUUUAUUUUGAAGUCUUAAUUGUAAAUGACUAUUACAUAAAUUUGUUGAUCGUCAGUGAUAAUUCAUAACCUUAGAACGUAAUGCUGUCAUAACGUUAUCAUAAAAUGAAUGUUCAAUUUAAAGCAUCUUGCGUACAAUAAGUCUGAUGCAAGUUCACGAAAUACGUAAUUAAUGAAUUGGCGAAAAUUCUAUUUGGGCAUGAUGGGCCGUGAUGAAAAUGUAAACGAAACAGAAACAGAUACAGACGAUGACGACGAAGUUACUGAAAGCAAUGAAACCGUCUCAACGGAAAAGAGUUCUAGAAAUGUCGAUACUUCUCCUCCCAAACUAUUUUACAAGUGGCUACCAGAGGGAUGUCUCAAAUUCUCCUUCCUGUUGCUUAACAGCGUGGCUCUCCUCGCAGGUGUAACGGCGAUAACGAUGUCUGUCUUGAUGUUGAAUGAUGCGAAUUUUACAUCUAGAUUGCUUGGUCAGCGGCUUUCUAUGACAAUUUUAUCAAUUCUAGGAGUGUUUGUAUCUUUGGUAGCUUUUACCGGAAUUAUAGGAAUCGCGAAGAAGAAAGAACACUUUAUGAUUUUUUACGUGAUGUGUCAGUCAAUCGCUCUUUGUGCCGUAUUUGUAUCUCUGACAAUGAGUUUCCCAUUUUUCGAUAAGAUUACGAAAAAAGUUCAAAAUGAUAUGAUCGACUCCAUGAACAAUUAUCAAUCUUUUGAUUGGGCUAUUAAAGCGUGGGACAACACUCAUAGAUAUUUAAACUGUUGUGGAAUUAGAUCGUCUAAAGAUUGGUUAGAUCAUCAAAUAAAUAUUCCGCAAAGUUGCUGUUCUACAUCAAUUAAACAAUGCCUGCACAUGACAGAGAAUGUGUCUUUUAAAUCUGGCUGCUUCAAAGGAGCCAUAAUGCUAUUAAAAUCGUACGUUCAGACUGCCUCUAUUUCCACACUUGUCAUAUUUCCACUUCUGUUAAUCAGCGUGCUUUUAGCACUUGGUUUACGAAAGGGACUAAAGAUAAAUCGUUUGACGAGGGACGAAGCGAUUUAUUGAUUCUCGAAGACACAUCGAGGGUAAACGUGAUUUAAAAGUGAAUGAUAAGUCCGGUGAAACGUUUUCCCGUUUUUUAUUAUCAUAUAUAGAUCAUAUAUUUUCUGAAAACACUUAAUAUAUUGUACUUAAGAUAGUAAUAUUGUAAGUUUAUUGGACAUGCUGGUUGGAUCGCCGUUUGCCGCGUGGCAGUGGUUCAUGUGAAAAAAUCCGUAAAUUACUCACUUCCGGCGCCUCUACGAUGAUCAUCGAAUCGGGAUGUGUUUUCAACACGCGGAGAAGAGAGGGGAAAAGGCGAAAAAAUACAUUUAUAAAAAUUGCUCGUGAUCAUCGUAACGCUCUCGUUUACGGAAGGGUUCAAACGGGGGAAGGGAGUGUUUGAUGACAGAGGAGGGAGGGAAGGGGAAUAAGUUGUUCCUUUCGUCUUCCUUUUCCUAAAAAUGGAGCGUCUUACAUGAAAUCGAUUGCCUGUCGAUGCGAUACGAAAUAUUGACGUAGUGAUAAUUCAGCGCGCGCCCGAUGCACCUGUCUUUUUCUCUCCAUUUAUCCUCUCUUCUAAAUUAUCGCUAAACGGCUACGGCAGUGGACACCGUGUUUGUAUGCGUGUGUUUGUGUGUGUGUGUGCUUUAUAUAUGUUCUGUACUCCGUGUAUACGGGAUGUGUACGAUAUCUAGUUGUUGGGAAUAGGGAAGAGGGCGAGGAGGACAGGGUUUGGGUGCAGUUUCAGGCAGGUUCCCAUCCAAUUACAGAUAUAUUAUAUCAUAGCAAACAUCGUGACUAUUUACAAUAAAUACAGUUGAUUAGGUUAUAUAAAUAAAAUAUAUAUAAUAUCGUAUCGUUAGGUUUAGGUUUACAGCAACACGUGACAGUAAACAAUUAGAUCAGCGGCAAAGUAGCGUUAAUCUAUCUAGGGUAGUGGUCGUAGUAGCUUUUAGCGUGGCUGACUCUUUCGUUCGCCUUUCGCGCUCGCUUAUCAUCGAUAUCUCUCAUUUUCACGCUCCCCUUCUUUCCUUUUUUUUACUCUUGCUGUCCAUUUGUCGCUUUCGUAUCCUAACGUCAACGUUUUCCAGAAUUCCGAAUUCUAUUAUUUCCCCUCCCCCAUUUUUUCGGCGUGGAGUCGCGUUCGAGAACCAAUCGCGCCACGAAUGCGUGGAUCGAUAGUUACCGCUAUAAUUGGCCACUCUAGCUCCUCUCGUGUAUGUAUAUAUAUAUAUCUUUUCAAUAUAUUUAUAUAUAUUUAUAUUUAUUUAUUUAUUUCACAUAAUCAUUAUUUCUUCGCGCGUUCUACUUCGUUUUUUCCUUUUUUUCUUUAUUUAUUUAGAGAAGUACGUGGAGUUGUCGCGAUCCCCCGCAAGCGAUCGUGGGGGACGAACGAGUUUGGAACGAGUUCGCAAAAACGAGAGAUGAAACUUCACGGAAGUUAGAGAGUGAAUUUUUCUUUUCUAAUAUUAUAAUCGCGUGAGACGGGGGAUCGGGGCCUCGAUUCGAGUUUUUUUUAUUUUUUUGAGGCCUUGCCCGUACGACAUUAUAUAUCGCGGUUACCUGGCCCGCUCAUUAAUUUGACACGUGAUAUUUAAAAAAUAGUCGAUUCUUCUUGAACGCACCGUUGCCGGGUCCAACAGUGGAUAAUACGGUUAAAGAUCAAGAGUGUGAGGGCAAUGUGAGGGAGCAGUAGGGAAAGCGGAUGUGAGGAGGAGUUGGCUGGCC